CACCGGGACCCCCCCCCCCCUCCUCCCAGCCCCCUCACCCCCGCAGGACGGCCGCUUUCUCGUCACCCAGCGGACGCACAGCAGCACGCGGAUGGCGGCCGACAGCGGCCGAGUUGUCGCGCAGGAGCGGGAGGAGCCCGCGGCCCCCGACGCCGCCGCCGCCCGCGCGCACUGCGCGCACACCCGCAGCCAGAGCCACAUCCAGUUUCAGCCUCUGACGCACACCGCCUCCAACGCCACCUCCAACACCACCCAGUGGAAGGCUCCGCGCGCCCUCGCUCACACGAGGAGUCACAGUCACACGCACUUCAGCGCUCCCUCGCACACACCGGCUCAGAAGUACGGCUGCCGCCUCACGCACAGCCUGUCGGCCAUGGCCAGGGGGGACAAGGGGGACAAGGGGGACAAGGGCGCGCAGGGCUCCGCGGGGAAGCUCAUCUUGCCCACCGAACCGCUCUUCCCCAAAACUCCUCCACAGACCGAGUUGGGCCACAAGUUGACCUUAUGCAGCAAGCUGUGCUUCGCCAUCGGCGGCGCGCCCAAGGAGGUGGCCGCCAGCGCCACGGCCUUCUUCCUGCAGAUCUACCUGCUGGAUGUCGCUCAGAUCAACCCCUUCCAGGCCUCCAUGGUGCUGUUCAUCGGUAAAGCCUGGGGCGCCGUGACCGACCCGAUUGUGGGCUUCUUCAUUACCAAGACCAGAUGGACCAAGAUCGGCAGACUCAUGCCGUGGAUGGUGGGUUGCUCUCCGUUCCUGGUGGUCUCCUACUUCUACCUCUGGUUCGUCCCUCCCUUCGUCAGCACCGGCAGGUUCAUCUGGUACCUGGGCUUCUACUGCCUCUACCAAACGCUCAUCACCUGCUUCCACGUGCCUUAUUCGGCUCUCACCAUGUUCCUGAGCACGGACCAGAAGGAAAGGGACUCGGCCACCGCUUACCGAAUGACGAUGGAGGUGUUCGGGACGCUGGUGGGCGCCGCCAUCCAGGGCCAGAUAGUGGCCAGCGCGCACACUCUGCACUGCCCGCCUCACAACGUGACGGCCGGUUACCGCGGCAACGGCAGCGGGGCAGAGGUCGUCAGGAAGCUGGUGCGCUCCCAGGACUACCUGUCACACUCGAAGGAGGUGUACAUGAUAGCUGCCGGCGUGAUCGGAGGAGUGUUUCUCAUCUGCACCCUGGUGAUGUUCCUGGGAGUCAGAGAGAGGGACGACCCGUACGCCCCGAGGACGGAGAAGCAGAUCCCCUUCCACCAGGGCUUCAUCCUGGUGAUGAGACACGGGCCGUACCUCACUCUGACCGCGGCUCCUCUCAUCACCGUGGCCAUCCAGCUGGUCCAGAGCAACUUCGUUCUCUUCUGCACUUACGCCGCCGACCUGAGGGAUCACUUCCAGAAUAUUGUGCUGACAAUCCUGGUUUCCGCAGUGAUAAGCAUUCCGGUGUGGCAAUGGUUUCUGCAGAAGUUCGGGAAGAAGACGGCGGCGUUCUGCGGCAUCACGUGGAUCAUGCCCUUCACCUUGAUGCUGGUCUUCAUCCCCAAUGUCGUGGUGGCCUACGUGGUGGCCGUCUCCUCCGGGCUCAGCGUGGCCGCCUCGCUCCUGUUGCCGUGGUCCAUGCUGCCAGAUGUGGUGGAUGACUUCAGACUGGCCAACCCCUACUGUAAAGGCCACGAGGCCAUCUUCUACUCCUUCUACGUGUUCUUCACCAAGUUCGCAGCGGGCAUCUCCCUGGGAGUGUCCACCCUCUGCCUGGAAUUUGCAGGGUACAACACCGGCGCCUGCAAGCAGCCUGCUCCGGUGGUGUACACCCUGAAGCUGCUGAUCGGCGCCGCCCCGGUGGCCUUCAUCGUGACGGGGUUAAUGAUCCUGCUGCUCUACCCCAUCAGCGAAGACGUGCGGCUCAGGAACAGACUCUGCCUGGAUGAGCUACGGAAACAAAGCAUCGGCUCCAGAACGAUGGAAGAUUUGAACAACGUGUGUCCCGGAUCUUGAAUGACGUGAAUCCUCAAAGCGGCGUGUUCCAGUGAUCUCCGCUGGAAGCUUGACCAUUAGUGUAUAUUACACUGAGAAAUUGUUUAAAUUGUUUUAAUGUAAACAUUUGUUUCAUUUCCACAAGUACUGUAUAGACAUCUUGGAUAUAUAAAUAUAUAAUAAGAUUACCUAAUUUAUAUAAAUGAAUGUAUACCAUCAUUUGCUGUGUUUGGCUCUAAAACACUGUUAUUUAUUUAUGAUAUAUGAUUAUUGAGGGCUGAUGAUAUGAAAUAAAUAAAUGUUGUAGAGGUUAAUAGACCAAAUAAA